AUUCAUUUUUUUUUUGUAUUUUUUUUCUCAUUUAUUUGCCAUGCUGAAUCACCUUGCGGCUGCUGCUGGCCGUGCGCUGGGCAACGGUGCCGUCGUUGCCUCGUUCAUCCAGAGCGCGAUCGACUGCGUCAACAACCGCCUGUACAUCUCGCUGGACAAGCCGUCGUACGUUGGCGGCGAGGCCGUCACUGGCCAGGUCCAUGUGUUGUGCACCGUGCCGUUUGUUUGCCCGGCUCUCAUCCUCAAGGUCAAGGGCUUUGAGCGCACAGCGUUCUCGCGCACGUACAUGAAGCACGACAAGAACACCAACCGGCACUACAAGCACACCGACCACCACGCCGACUUUCGCCUGUUCUUCAGCCAGACCAUCCGUCUGUACACUGCGGCGACUGGCAGCAUGAUCAUGCCCGGCAUGCAGGCGUUCGCCUUCUCCUUCCAGCUGCCUGAAAACCUGGCAGGCACCUUCUACGAGUCGGGCACUUACGGUAGCGACUACUAUACCGGCUCGGUCAUGUACAAGCUCAAGGCCACCAUUGACAUGCAGGCUCGUCAUGGUCUCCACAGCACGACCCUGCUCGUCAUCAACGAGAAGAUUAGCAGCGUCGUCACUCCAGCGUUUGGCGAAAACUCCAAGAACUUCUUGACUGCUUCCGGACGCCUGCACAACCGCAUUUGGCUCGACAAAAACGUCUACUUCCCUGGCGAGAAUGUCAUCUGCAAGCUGGAGGCAAACAACACGUCGACCAAGAGCACCAAGGGCAUGAUUGUCGAGGUGGUCCGUGUUCUGAGCCUCCGCGCUCAGAACCAGCAUACGUCGCGUACGCUGACCGUCUAUCGCAUCAAGUACCCGGGCUUUGAUCCGUGCUUCUUUGGCGAGCGCUACCUUCCGUUCCCGAUCCCGUACGAUCUCCUCCCGUCCACCAGCUCGGGCCUUGUGAAGAAUGAGUACUUCAUCAACGUCACGGCCGACAUUGCCGGCGCGCUCAACCUCAAAAUCCGCCUGCCCGUCACCAUUGCCGCGCCGCAAACCCUGUACCUGUCCCACGCGCCGCAGGGCUCGCUGGUCACGCUUCCCCCGGACGUGUCCUUCCGCCCUCCGUGGCAAGCGGACGAGGAGGUCAACACGUGCAACGCGUGCUCGGCUGGGUUUACGCUGAUGAAGCGCCGUCACCACUGCCGCAGCUGUCUGCUCGUGUUCUGCUCGGCGUGCUGCAAGACCAAGGUGCCCCUGACCAAUCUCGGCUACUCUGGCCCCGAGCGUGUCUGCGGCAAGUGCACUCCGCUGUGCGCGUCCGGUGGCGAGCGCCUCAACACGCAGCUCUCCAACCUGGCUCCCGUUGGCGAGGCCGAGUUCCCCGACAUUGGCGCCUGCCGUGUCGCCGUGCCCGUGUCCAAGAAGGGCAACGCCUAUGCUCAGGCUGGCGUGCCCCCGCCGAUGCCGAACAUGAGCUCUGCUCCUCCUCCGCAGCAAUCCUCUGCUCCCCCGCCUCAGCAACAGGGCUAUCCCCCGCAGCAGCCGCCGCAAGGCUAUCCCCCGCAGCAGCAGCAGGGCUAUCCUCCGCAGCAGCAACAGGGCUAUCCUCCGCAGCCGCAGCAGGGGUAUCCUCCGCAACAGGGUUACCCGCCCCAGCAGCAACAAGGCUACCCUCCGCAGCAGCAGGGCUACCCUCCGCAGCAGCAGUCCAGCUACCCUCCGCAGCAGCCGCAGUCGCAGCCGCAGCAACCUGUGCCGCAGGCUCAACACCCUGCCGGUGACAACCCGCCGCCGCCUGCGUACGACUCGGUCAUGUCACCGACUCCCGCGUCUGGCGAAGUGAGCAAGGAUGCACACGUGCAAGCCAGCGCCCCGGAGGGUGAUGAUGCCACUGCGAACGCGUAAAAUGUCUUUGUUGUUGUUGGCUGCCAGCUGCCAACUGGUUCAAGCUGUUGUUGUUGUUGUUGUUGUUGUUGCUGUUGUUGUUUUGAUGAGCACUGUGUGUCGUGCUUUUGUUUCGAAUCGCUCCGUGUCGUGCCUGUUAUUUGACUCGCAGUGAUAACUUUUUGUGUCGUCUGAAUGAACCCU